UUGCUGUGGCGGUAAGCUAACAGUUUCGGACAGUGAAUCAUGGUCAAAUGAAAUGAAAAUAACUUCUAAAUGUUGAUUUACUUUUUUAUAAAAAAAUCAGUUUACUUAGCGACUGGUUUACAUAACAUAUUUACGGGGAAAUAUACACAAUACAAGCAAGUUUAGUGUUACUAUUUCUUUUCAAGGGGAAUGUUAUCAAACGUUAGUUCUUGUGUAAUAACCCGUGUAUUGAGGUGACGCUUGCUAAGCUAGGUUCAUUGCUACUCCAAAUGUCACAAAAAGAUGACUCCGAAAAUGACAUUUGGGAAUAUAAACCUCUCGAGAAGAAAAGAAAAAACAACACAUCGAUGUGCAUUUCAAGAAGAAGAUGCCCUUCAAGGAAAACGUCAAAGAAGGACAUUUGUCCCUCUGUCAGGUCACAAGAGAAGAACACCAAAAACAAAUCAGCUAAAGGUGAAAAUUCAUCUCCUGCUGCAAACAUCCUUUCAUUAUCAGAGGAGUCUCCUGCUACAGAGAUAACCAGUCCAAAGGAGAAGUCAACAUCCGAGGACUACUGUCCCAUCUGUCAGAUGCCUUUCUGUGUUUUGGUUGUACAGUCCCAGAGAUGGCAUGUUGCUGAAUGCCUCGACACCCCCAGAGACAAAUGCAAAGAAUGUCCAGACGGUCUUCAAUGUUCCUCCACCAUUCCAAACCAUUACAAGAGGUUCAACCACACGCUUCUUGCCGAAAGCCGUGCACACGGCGGUGCCGCAGCCCAAAGUCUGUUCUGGCAAACAGAGAUCAGUGAUGGAGAGCACAUCGGUUGUCUCAAAGAAAUGAAAAAGGAGGGUACUGACUUUCCAGUCGAUCCUUCCCAAGGGACGGUUCCUAUUUCUUCUUCCUUUUCUAGUCAGGGGGCCUCUCCCGGACAGAAUUCCACUAUUGCUCCUCAUUCAAAACCUACAAAUGGCCUUUUAUUGCUUCGUUCUCCUGCGCCAGAUGACUUAAAGAAAAAGAAAGGCUGGUUAAGUAAUAGUAAAGGAUUAAAGUCAGGAGGAAAAACUGAGAUUUUAUCCACUCCAGUCAAAGAAACAGCAGCUCAAACUUUUGAAAAUUCAAGCAAACAACCAAGUUCUCUCAGAGAUGAUGAUGAUGAUGGGAUUUCCUACUCUCCACUGUCUGAGCUCCCUGCUGAAACUGAAGUUAAUAAAAACUGCAGAAAAUCUCUUUUUGUUGAUAAAGAGUCUGAUAAUGAACAUUCAGUGAUACUUUUCAACGACAGCUUCUCAAGCGAGGAUGAAAUACUGUCUGCAUUUUUAGAAAAUAACCGGGAUGAGCAUUCAAUGUUGUUAAAUGAUCCCCCCUCCUUGGCUCAGCUGGAUCCAGUUUCUUCAUUAGUGCCUGCUAAUCAUGCUGCCCCAGCCAGGGCUGAUCCAGAACCUUGUAGAAUCAGCAGCAGUAGCUUUCAGUCUCCACAGAGUAUUGUUUUAGAGCAUCUAAGAGAAACUCUCCUUAGCUCAGAGGGUUGCUGUAGUCAGAAAACCAGCUCUCCUCACGAAUCUUCAUCACAGGACUCAAACAAUCAAAGCAUGCCUCCUACAAAAGGCCAGGGCAGAGCGGGCCAAGCCUCUGGUCUGAAGCAGACUGACAUUGGAGUGUUUUUUGGCCUCAAACCGCUCAAAGAAAAACAGACGGAGAGUGGACAGGACAACCUGGACUCAUCUGCUGCUCUAGCAUCAGGUAAGAACCCAGUAAGGAGGAGACAGAGGAGAGACGGACAGGGGAAAGGCAUUUCUGACCCGGCAGCAGAAGAAGCACACACCCCGGCACUUGGAAAUGAAUCCACCUCAGAGGGCGGUCGGAGCCAAGCAGGCAGAGGCUGGAGAAGAAGGUGGAACAGAGUCAAUGCUGAUGGAGAAGUCCAGCUGCCCCGCUGUCCGUUCUAUAAGAAGAUUCCAGGUACAAAGUUUGCCGUCGAUGCGUUUCGCUAUGGAGAGAUUCAGGGCAUAACCACUUACUUUUUAACACAUUUCCACUCGGACCAUUACGGAGGCCUGACCAAGAGCUCUACAUUUCCAAUCUACUGUAACAAAAUCACAGGGAACCUGGUGAAGAGCAAGCUGAGGGUGGCCGAUCAGUACAUCCACAUCCUGCCAAUGAACACCGAGGUGAACGUGGAGGGAGUCAGGGUCAUUCUUCUGGACGCUAACCAUUGUCCAGGAGCUGCCAUGCUGCUGUUCUUCUUGCCCGAUGGGCAGACGGUACUCCACACUGGUGACUUUAGGGCCGACCCCUCCAUGGAAACUUACCCCGAGUUACUCAGCUGCCGUGUUCAGACUCUUUAUCUUGACACCACCUACUGCAGCCCUGAGUACACCUUCCCCAGGCAGCAGGAAGUCAUCAACUUUGCAGCAAACACAGCCUUUGAGUUGGUGACCCUAAACCCACGCACACUCGUAGUGUGUGGAUCGUACUCCGUGGGGAAAGAAAAAGUCUUCUUAGCUCUGGCUGAGGUCUUGGGGUCAAAGGUGAGCCUCUCCAGGGACAAAUACAACACUAUGUGCUGCCUGGAGUCUCAGCAAAUCAAAGAGCGCAUAACCACCGACUGGAAGGCAGCCCAGGUUCAUGUCCUCCCAAUGAUGCAGAUCUCCUUCAAAAAGCUGCAGGAUCACUUGUCACGCUUUAAAGCACAGUAUGACCGGCUGAUAGCCUUCAAGCCCACCGGCUGGACCUUCAGCGAGCAAGUGGAGUCGGUAGAAGACAUCCAGCCACAGAUCAGUGGCAACAUCUCCAUUUAUGGGAUCCCAUACAGUGAACACAGCAGCUUCCUGGAGCUGAAACGUUUUGUCCAGUGGCUCAAGCCUCUGAAGAUCAUCCCUACUGUCAAUGUUGGCAACUGGGCGAGCAGGAAGGCAAUGGAGAAAUGUUUUAAUGACUGGCUUUCUGAAACUAGAGCUAAACUCUAAAAUGUGCUGCUGAUUUUAAGAAGUUUGUUGGUUUUAAAAAGCCAAGCCCUCCAGUUUGGUAUUUGAAGCCAAAUGUUUGAACACUAAUUUGUUCUGAUUUAUUGUGGUUUUAUAUUAAUAUAAAUCUUUCAGCAAAUGACUUAUUACUGAAAUAAAUGAAAGGUAAUUACUGAUCUGACAUGAUCUGAGUGGUUUGAUAUGCACUCUUUGACCAGUUUAUUAAAUAAAUCUUCAAUCUACUGCCUUUAAUGAGCAGUUUUAACAAGCAUGCAGUAUUUACAGCGAAACAAGGAUUUACUGCUGAGUUAAUUUGCUACCUGUUGGGACCAAAU